CUCUUCGCCGCAACUUAUGUCUUCGAUCUCCGCCCAGCUCCACACCAGCUGCGAAAGGAGAUCAUGGAGCGCCUUACAGUCGAGAUGCCCAUUGCCGCCGACGUGCAGCACAUCCAUGAGCGCAUCCCGGCUGACGAGAGUAUCCUCAAGCGCAUGAUCACAUCAUGCCUCCAGUACAGGGCUAAGAACGCCUACACCACACCGCAGUGGCAGGCAAUUUCAGAGUACGUGUACCAAGAUGAAAUCCUGUGCAAGCACUUCGGCAACAUCGAGGAGUCGCGCUACCAGCGCAGGCAAGAGAGGCAGCGUCAACGUGGGCAAGAUGCCAUGCAGAAGCGGUGGGAGUCACUGGCGAGCCGAAGUCAGAUCGCUGGGAGCUCGCCCCACGGCGUUCGCGGCAGAAGCACGGUAAACACUGGCGCUUCCGCUGCGACUGCUAACAGCAACACGGCUUCCGGCAAUGCCACGAGUACUACUGUCGACGAUAAGACACCCGACAAGACCAGGAAUAAGGGCCGUGGUGUGAACGGCAGGUAUGUGCCAGGAGCGGAGGAUUGAAGGCUGUUGUCCUGCUCGUGGUGAGGCUAGCGGGCUUUAUCACGGGAACAGGAGCCGAGCAAUGACGUGGUAGUCUCAGGAUGAUUCCAUAGCAUUGUAGCGAGCAAGAAGCUUUGAGAUU